AGAGGAACUACCCAGAGAAACUCAUAAUCUUCGACGAUGAAAGUCAUCCUCACCGGCAGCACUGGCUUCAUCGGCCGGGAAAUCCUAGCCCACUGCCUGCAAAGCCCGACCAUCAGCUCGAUCGUCGCUCUCUCCCGCCGCCCCCUUCCCGCGACCGUCUCCGCCCACCCCAAGCUUACCGUCCGGAUCCUGGACGACUUCCUCACGUACCCGGAGUCGCUCCUGAAUGAUCUCAGGGGUGCGGAAGCAUGUAUCUGGGCCCUCGGCCAGAACCGCGCCCCGGACAACGAAACCGGCCGGAAGAUAAACAUCGAAUACACCCUUUCUGCUAUUCGUGCAUUUGACCAGUCCCGCGAUGCUACUUCGCCCACUGGCAAAUUCCGCUUUGUGUAUUUGAGUGGUGGGAUGUCGGAGCGGGAUCAGUCGAAAUCGUUGUGGGUUGCAGGGGACACAAGGAAGAUCCGGGGACAAGUCGAGACCGAGCUUACCGCGUACGAGCAAACUCGGAACGACAACGUCGAGGUGUACAUUGCGCGCCCGGCGAUGGUACUCGCACGGGGCGCGAGUCUACGGACGCUGGUCUUUGGGAUGGGACCAUCUAUCUGGGUGGAUGACCUGGCCAGAGUGCUGGUGGAUGUUGCAACACAGGGGUCCAGGAAGAAGGUAUUAGAGAAUAAGACGAUGCUUGAAUGGAUGCAAUGAGUAUAUUCGUUCUAUCUAUCGAGU